AUGGGGCUUUCCAAGCUCUUUACGGCCACACUUCUGGCUAUGCGGUUUGUUGCUCCUGGAGCAGCUGUUCCGACAAGCAGUGUUCAUGAAAUAGAGGCUCGAGCAUCCAGUUCCUACUGGCUGCCGAAUAUGUCAGGCCAGGAGAGUGCCGUCUUUGCUGAGGACAGUAGUUACAAGGUCUUUCGCAACGUUUUAGACUACGGCGCCAAAGGCGAUGGAUCCGCCGACGAUACAGAUGCCAUCAAUGCAGCCGUUCAAGAUGGCACCCGGUGUAUGAAAGGUUGUGACUCUCAGACUGCCAAACCUGCCCUAGUUUAUUUCCCUCCCGGUACCUACAAAGUCAGCAAGCCUCUCGUUCAGACCUACUAUACUCAGUUUGUUGGUGAUGCUGUCACGCCGCCAACCAUCAAGGCCACGUCGGACUUUGUGGGCAUGGCUGUCAUCGAUUCCGACCCCUACGAGAAUGGCGCCAACUGGUAUGUCAACCAGAACAACUUCUUUCGUCAAGUCCGCAACUUCGUCAUCGACAUCACCGAUCUCGCACCCAGCACAGGCGCAUGCAUUCAUUGGCAGGUCGCUCAGGCUACCAGUCUACAAAACAUCGUCUUCAACAUGAACCCGGACAAAACCAGUGCCAACAAACAACAAGGUAUUUUCAUGGACAAUGGAUCGGGUGGGUUCAUGGCGGAUCUUGUCUUCAAUGGUGGUGGCCAGGGUAUGUUCAUUGGCAAUCAGCAGUUCACUACUCGCAACAUGACCUUCAACGGCUGCAACACGGCGAUCUACCUAAACUGGUGCUGGCUCUGGACCAUGCAAGACAUCACGAUCAAUGAUGCCAAGACUGGUAUUGACAUGACUUCUGGUAUUGCAGCUGGUUUCAUUCAGGCUGGCUCGUUCCUGCUCCUCGAUAGCAUCAUUUCGAAUACCGAGGUCGGCAUUAGCACCACCUACCAGAUUGACAACACCAUGACAAAUGGCACCCUCAUUCUCGACAACGUCGACAUGAGCAGUAGCGUCCCUAUUGCCAUUCAGUAUGCAGUUGAUAACAGCACUGUGUUAGCUGGCAACCAAAAGAUCGCUAGCUUCGCUCAAGGUCGUUCCUAUGACGGCAGCUCCGGCAAAGCUAUUCAAGCAACGCAAAAUGGCAUCACCAAGCCUGAGGGUUUGAUGAGCAACGGCAAAGUCUUCACCCGAACCAAGCCCCAAUAUGAGAGUCUCGACAAGAGUAGCUUUGUCAGCGCCAAGUCGUCUGGUUGCAAGGGCGAUGGGUCUACUGAUGACACUGCCGCCGUCCAAGCACUCUUUGACAAAGCCACUGAGGGCCAGGUCAUCUUCUUUGACCACGGCGCAUACCUCAUCUCCGACACGAUCAAGGUUCCUGCCGACAAGAAGAUCAAGGUCGUUGGAGAGAUGUGGCCCCUCUUGAUGGCUGAUGGUACCAAGUUCAACGAUGAAGCUAACCCCAAGCCUGUUUUCCAGGUCGGUGAAGCUGGUGAUGUCGGUGAUGUAGAGUUCUCCGACUUGGUCAUCGAGACAAAGGGAUCCGCACCUGGAGCUAUUAUGAUGCAAUGGAAUCUUGCUGGAUCUUCUGCUGGAACUGCUGGUCUCUGGGAUGUCCACUUCCGCAUUGGUGGUACAUCUGGCACUGAACUCCAGUCUGACAAGUGCAGCAAGAACCCUAAUGCUACACACGAAGCAAAUACCGAGUGCGUUGGUGCUUUCAUGCUGUUCCAUGCCACGCAGACUGCUUCCGUCUACGUCGAGAACUGUUGGUUCUGGGUUGCUGACCACGAGCUUGACAUCACGGAUCACAACCAGAUUGACAUCUACAACGGCCGCGGCGUGCUGAUCGAAUCUCAAAACCCGGUUUGGUUCUGGGGUACUGCAUCUGAGCACAGUCAGCUUUACAACUACCAAAUCACAAACGCCCGCAAUGUUUGGAUGUCCGUUAUUCAGACUGAGACAGCAUACAUGCAAGGCAACCCGGAUGCCACUACUCCCUUCACUGUCAAUGAAGGAUUCUUUGACCCUGAUUUCAAGACAAGCUGUGCCGGUGACAGCUCUUCUUCCUGUGCUCGAACUUGGGGUCUCCGUGUCAUGAACUCCUCUGAUGUCUACGUCUUUGGAGGCGGCCUUUACUCGUUUUUUGAUAACUACGCUCAGGAUUGUCUCGAAACUGAGAGCUGCCAACAAAACAUGAUCAGUAUUGAAGACUCAAGCGUCCACAUGUUCGGUAUCAGCACCAAGGCCUCCGUCAACAUGCUCACGCUUGAUGGCAAGGUCAUGGCAGUUGACAAGGACAACCGAAAUAACUUCUGCGCAGCUAUUGCCAUGUUCGAGAGCGACUCAGGCCCCACCGAUGGCGGCAGCAGCUCAGGCGGCAGCGCUUCGUCAUCCUCGGCUUCAGGUUCCGCCACAUCCAGCAGAACGGCCGCUAGCACGACGGAAAAGGCUUCAAGCACUGCUGAUAGCACAGCCACUUCCGCCAACGCUGCUUCUUCAGCGACAGCAACCGCAACUCAGGCAUCUGGGUCUGGAUCCGGGGCCGGAGGGGGCUAUGGAUCAGGUUCCGGCUCUGGUUCUCAGAGCUCAGGUGCUGAAGCUGGUGCUACUUCCACCUCUGCUGUGCCUGUUGCCACUGCCACCACAGCUCCCUCCCAAGGUAGCGGCUCAGGUACCGAUUCGGGUAGUGGCUCGGGUACUGGAUCUGGUAGCGGCUCAAGCAGCUCUCCGUCGGAGAACGACAGUGCCACCACUAUUCCCAUUACAUCCAGCAUCCCCAUCCCCACGGGCGAAGCUGGUGCAGGCUCUGGAACCAACAGCGAGCAGCCGAACCAAGUGACGGUGACGGUGACUGCAACAGUAACCCAACAGGGUCUUUGCACUGCCUCAUAG